AUGCGGUGGUGGAUGGUCGUGAUUCUGGUGUUAACCUUUCCCACAUUUUUACAGGCAAAGUUGUCAACUAAGACGGCAAAGGGAUUGUGUAUGGCUGAGGGAUGCUCUGUGAACUCAACUUGUAUGGAGUCUUGCAUUUCUUCAAAGCUCAAACUUAUUACCAACAAAGGAGAGUUAGUAAAAAGAAAGAGGAGAGGAAGCAACAACUUAGAGUUGCUCUGUCAUGGUACGGAUAGGAUAGCUUUCAAAUGGUGUGAAACUCCAGAACUUGAAUACAUAGUGCAGUAUUCAUUAGUCAAGGACACCUCUUGGACCAGCACAGAUCGAAUGGACAAAUGUUCCUUUUUGUUGGAUGGUCUCAAGUCAAAUAGUGAGUAUAGAAUUACUCUGAAAAUAAUUUUGGAUCAUCAUACUGAAGAGGAAAUAUCACAUCAGUUUAGAACACUUCCAGAAGGUGUAGUGCUGACACCAGUAGAUGUCGUACAGCUGCAAGAUGUCUGGGCUGAUUCCCCUGCUUCAGCAUCUGCCGAACUCUCAUGGAGCUUUGCCCCGGGUUUCCCAUGUCACUAUGGACUGGUUCUGUGGAAAACUGCUGCCAUCUCUCAUGCGAACAUGUCUCAAGUCAAAUAUCCAGAACCCUUGGACCACAUCCUAGUGUCCAAUCUAGAGCUGGGCACCAGUUACAAGUUUGGAGUCCGAGCUCUACCAGGCCCUGACCUAGAGCAAGAGAGUGAGGUGACGUGGCUCUACUUUGAUGUACCUCCUUGUCUCUACUUCAACCCUGGGAACCUCACAGUCUGCAGUGAGUGUCAACUAGACUGA